UGCUGCGCUUCAUAAAGAAGGCGAUGCGGACUUGUUCCAACGAGGCUGUGACUAAAGCUGCUGAUGGAACACCGAUGAGUUUGCAGAACGUUUUCGAGUCCUUGGGGGUGACUGCGUACGAUUUGUCGGUGGAUAUGCUCGACGUUCAUGCUGACCGGAACAUGUUUCACCGCUUUGACAAGUUCAACGCAAAAUAUAAUCCGAUCGGUGAAAGCAAACUGAGGGAAGUGUUCCUGAAAACUGACAACUACGUCGGUGGGAAAUAUUUUGCUCACAUCAUCAAGGAAGUUAUCAAUGACUUGGAGGACAGCAAGUACCAGAACGCCGAGUUGCGACUGUCCAUCUACGGGAAAUCUCGCGGCGAAUGGGACAGUUUGGCAAAAUGGGCCCUGGGGCAUAAUAUUUACUCUGAGAAUGUGGUUUGGCUCGUCCAACUGCCCCGGUUAUAUGACGUUUAUAGAAGCGCCAACAUUUUAAAUAAUUUCCAAGACGUCUUGGACAACAUUUUCGCUCCGUUGUUUGAAGCCACUUCCGACCCGACUUCUCAUCCGGAACUCCACGCGUUUCUCCAACACGUGACCGGGUUCGAUUCAGUGGAUGACGAGAGUAAACCCGAACAUCGUCCGACUCCGACCCGAACAAUGCCGAUCCCGCAGAACUGGAACAACAAGGAGAAUCCUCCGUAUGCGUAUUACUCGUAUUACGUUUAUGCUAACAUGACUGUGUUGAAUCAUUUCCGGAGAAUGCGAGGCUUGAACACUAUUGUGUUCCGGCCGCAUUCCGGGGAAGCAGGACCGAUACAGCAUUUGGUGGCGUCGUAUUUGCUGGCGGAGAACAUUUCUCAUGGUCUCCUCCUGAGGAAGGUGCCUGUGCUGCAGUAUCUGUUUUACCUGUGCCAAAUCCCAGUCGCCAUGUCGCCCCUGUCGAACAACUCUCUUUUCCUCAACUACAAUCGCAACCCGUUGCCCGAAUACCUGGCCCGAGGGAUCCCCGUGUCCCUGUCCACCGACGACCCGCUCAUGUUCCACUUCACCAAAGAGCCUCUAAUGGAAGAGUACUCGAUUGCAGCCCAGGUGUGGAAGCUGAGCUCGUGCGACAUGUGCGAGUUGGCCCGGAACUCGGUCCUCAUGUCUGGCUUUUCGCAUCGGGUCAAGCAACAUUGGCUGGGUCCGAAUUACGUCCGGGAAGGUGUCGCCGGGAACGAUAUUUCCCGCACGAAUGUCCCGGACAUCCGCAUUGCUUACCGUUACGAAACGUUGCUCGGAGAAUUGUCUGAGAUUUACGCGUUUUAUGAUCCGCAACUCGCUCCUCUCAGGAUCUAAAAGCUAGUCUCUCAUCUCAUCUGCGAAAGCAACGGUCUUCUUUUGUCUGCAUUUUGUUUUGUUGGUUUUUUUGCUCUGCAUUUUUUCAAGCAUUUGAAAUGCAAAUGUCGAUCUUCGAAGCAUUUUCUAAACUGCGCGGAGAAGAGAUUCUGCAAAAUUGUAGGAUGGUGGUUGAAAGCAACUAAUCUGGAGAGCUUUCUUUUGAAACAUUUUUGAAGCCGCGUUUGUGCGAGGGUUGGAUCCUAAGUUUUGUUGCUACAUCAUCUUGAAAUAUUUCACGAGGUGUUUUCGAGAAGGGCUUUGCUUAAUAAAUCAAUUUUACUGCCUCGCCAGUUUUCAACCCAAUUUUAGAAAUCUCGCAAUCCGCACUGUGUAGGAAACGGUUUUUUGCUUAAAUUCUUCUUGUGCGCUGGAUCACAAAUCUUUGAUUGCACCGUGAAAUGGCAAGCCUUUUCUUGAUUCAAUGGUGAUCCUUUUCGAUUGUUUCCCUGAGUUUUACGGCCCGUUGGUAACUUUUUCUAAUAUCAACCCAACUCUAAAAUUCGCCAUCACUGACUCAAAAAUCACCACGGUUUUAUCCAGGCUUCCGUCCGAAGAAGGUUUUAGAUUUCUUGCAGGAUUUGAAGGCAAUGGAACUUUUUGCUCUCCUCUCCAUUAAAUUGUAUGCGCAAAAUUCUGAAAAAGAUAAUCGAAAAAGAGUCAGGAGGAAACCUUGAAAGUAUGAUAGAUCUGUGAUGAAGGAAUAGAUUGACAAAACUGUCGAACCAACUCAUGCAACUUGCAUCGUUUUCAUUUUGGAAUCUCGUAAUUUGUGCCAUUCGUUGUGAUGCGCUUCAUUUCCUAUUUUGGGAAGCAUUAAUGAAGCGUUUCAGAAUCAAAGUUUUUAUACGCAAAUUCAGAACAGACCGACUGAAAAAGACAGUUUUCAAGUAUUGCUGGAGGAACUAGAAAAAAAACCGUUUUCAUGAAAAGUCGACUUCAACUUGAAGAUUUGCAUGCAAGGACUUCCUGUCAUCGUACUGCGUCCUCUCGAUUUUGAAUUUAACUUCUCCCUUGCUUUCCUUUUUAAUAUGUUGUGUUUGCGUGAAAUCCCAAAAAGGAAAAACACUUGAAAGGUUGCAUUUACCCAUGGAGAAAGCUUAUGGAUUUUUUUUUUAUUCAUUGUCGUUUUCUUGUACGAGAACUCUGUAUUGUUCCCGAGUGCGUGGAAGUGAUGGAAGGAAAAAAACAUUUUCGCUUUAGUUUCUAGAAAGAAAUGAUCCAAAAUAUGAAACUUGAGUGAUGACAAUUUUCUCAACGAUCUCUCCUGAGGUUGAUACUGUCGGUAUGCAUUUAUUUUGUUUCACUUUCGCCCCGUGUUGCUUUAUGUGGUACUUGCAAGCAAAGAUCCCUGUGUGCGGUUCCCUAGAACAAUUUUUUUUAUCCCGGGAUGUGUGAAAUCGUCGCUUUAUCAUGCCGAGUAUCGUCGGCUUGUUGCGUAUGUGUCGCCUGUUCUCGCAGAUUGCCCGAGUUCUUCUUGUUUUUUUGUGAUCCGGAAUUGCGCCAUAGUUUAGUAAUAUCGUAGUUUAUACGAGAAAUUGAUUGCUUUCAGUUGAUCCUAGGAGGAGAUACGAACGAUAGCUGUGAGGCUGGUGAACGCAACACUAAUUCGCGUGUGACUGAUGAAGCUUUUUGGCUGCGUAAUUUUCGGGAAGGGAAUAUGUUUAAUGUGGAAGGGCAAGGAAAUAGAGGUUUAGUUGGUGCGCUUA